UGGUUGGGCAAGGAGGCAGGAGAUUAGGAAACAGAGCACAAGAACAGUGCCAUGUUGGGGAGCCUGAGAGUCUUCGUGUGCCUGCCUCUGGAUGGGCACUGCCAUGAAUGCCCACCUUGCUCUCCUCCGUCUUUCUCUGCCUCUUCCUCUGGUGUGGGGCCUCUGCAACCCCUUGCAGCCUUCCACCAGCCAUCACUGGAGUGGGGCACAACUGUGCGAGCCCAUAACUCUUCUAAACUCUUAAGUCGCUGCCAUGACUUCCUCACACCAGCCCUGCCUUGGGCCUGUCUGUGCCCAAGCUGUCUGUGACUUGCAUGUGCCUGUCUGAUUUGUACAUACUGUGCUGUAUGUAUGAUUCUGUGAUUUCCUUAUUGCCAACCUGUCUCAGGCCUGUUUGACCUUGCAUGGGAUUGGGGUAUUAGAAGGGGAGAGGAAUACAUCUUUCCCACUCCUAGUUGGUGUUGUGUUCUCACUUUGGAAUCUUGCCAGGGAAGAAAUCACAUAACAUUACUUGCUUUGGGGUCUUGACUUGGGUGGGAAUGUGGAGGUAAGAGGAAAAUAAUGCUUUAAUGAAUGCUGGGACCCACUUCAAAGUUAUAAAAACUUGGCUUCUGCUCUUGAUUAUUGUCUCCUGGUUGGGGUUCCCAUCUCACAACAGGCCCCUGAAUAGAGAAGAGCAUGGACCUGCAGUCUGUUACCUAUGGAAGAGUUCUGCUUACAGCCUGACCUUAUCCAGGGUGGGGCCUGGGCCAUGCCCCAAACCUGGGGUCUUGGUAGCUGCCUGGGGAAAUGUGGCAAAGUCCAGCCUAGGCUGCCUGUGCUGGCAUACAGUGCCUUCUUUGCUCAUGGUGCAAAGUGUCAGCCAAGUAGUCAAGUCCCCCCCAACUCCCUGAGCAGGCCUUCCUCUCCAUUGGUUCUCUCAUAGCAGAUCACUUAGCCCAAGGGCCCCUGCUCUCAUCCUAUAUGCAACAGGGAGUUAUCAGAACAAAAAAGGAACUUUGAGCGAGAGCACAGAAGACAACCAGAUCUCUCUGCAGGUGCUCAGUCCUUUCUGAAAACACUUAUAGACAGGCAUUAACCUGCCGUCAGCCAGGGGAGAGUUGGGAGAGGAGCCAAACACUGUUAUCAGAACUGCUGCUCAGUGUUCCCCAGGGUUUCUUAAUUUCACUGUGUUCCCCCCAAAGCUGAUGCUGUCACAGGAGGGGUACUCUGGUUGUAUGUGCUUGAUGAACAACCAAAGGGCGUUGUCAAUGUAUGGAAGAAACAGAAGUGGAAUUGAUAGGGUUGUGUGCAGAGGGGAGUGUGAGUAUGAGAGAGUAAUGGAGCAGUGAGGCCCUGGCCCCAGAGGGUACCAUUUCUGGGAUGGCCCCAGCCCAGUUUCUUGGAGCAAACUCUUGAGGGUGGGAUUGGGGGCAGAGAAGAGGAGGGAGGAGCCAGAACCUGUUCUUUGGAGGCAGAAGCAGAGCAGGCUCUGCGCAGUACUUUGUCCUGUCAUGAGGAGGAGGAGGAGCCAGCAGAGCCAGGCGGUUGCUAGGUGACCAAGAAUCAGUAGCUCCACCCCCAUGGAGAUGAGGAGGGUGGGGGCAUGACGUCAGGCGGAGCUGAUUCUGCGGCCACUGAGGCUGCCAUCAACCUAAGCUGGUGAACUGGGCCGGCUCCUGGGCCGGCCUCGCCCGGUGCCUGCCUGAGCCUGCGGAGCCCCACUGCGCACCUUUGGGAGCUUUUGCAUCUGAGCCGCAGCCAUUUCGAGCUGGGAAAACACCAUACUGGGAAGCUGAGGCUGCAUUGUUGGGAUUUGAUGCACUAAUCUCCUGUCUCCGCCGCCUUUCCCUCUGUUCGGUCUCUCUCUCUCCCUCCCUUCGUCUGUCCUUCCUCUGUGUGUUUGUCCAUCCUCCUCUGUCCCUCUUUUCAUUCCUCUCCUGGUUUUCUUUGCUUUUCUGCAAUGAUGAGACAGGCACCGACAGCCCGAAAGACCACAACUCGGCGGCCCAAGCCUACCCGCCCAGCCAGUACUGGUGUGGCCGGGGCCAGUAGCUCCCUGGGCCCCUCCGGUUCAGCAUCAGCAGGUGAACUGAGCAGCAGUGAGCCCAGCACGCCAGCUCAGACUCCACUGGCAGCGCCCAUCAUCCCCACACCGGCUCUCACUUCUCCUGGAGCAGCCCCCCCACUUCUUUCCCCCUCUAAGGAGGAGGAGGGGCUGAGGGCCCAGGUGCGGGACCUGGAGGAGAAACUGGAGACCCUGCGGCUAAAACGGGCAGAAGACAAGGCAAAGUUAAAAGAACUGGAGAAACACAAGAUCCAGCUGGAGCAGGUGCAGGAAUGGAAGAGCAAAAUGCAGGAGCAGCAGGCAGAUCUGCAGCGUCGUCUCAAGGAAGCACGGAAGGAAGCCAAGGAGGCACUGGAGGCAAAGGAACGCUACAUGGAGGAGAUGGCUGACACUGCUGAUGCCAUUGAGAUGGCCACUCUGGACAAGGAGAUGGCUGAAGAGCGAGCUGAGUCCUUGCAACAGGAAGUGGAGGCACUGAAGGAACGUGUGGAUGAGCUCACCACUGACUUGGAGAUUCUCAAGGCUGAGAUUGAAGAGAAGGGAUCAGAUGGGGCUGCAUCCAGUUACCAGCUCAAACAGCUCGAGGAACAGAAUGCCCGCCUAAAGGAUGCCCUGGUGAGGAUGCGGGAUCUGUCUUCUUCAGAGAAGCAGGAGCAUGUGAAACUCCAGAAACUUAUGGAAAAGAAAAACCAAGAACUGGAGGUCGUGAGGCAACAACGGGAGCGUCUGCAGGAGGAGCUGACCCAGGCAGAGAGCACUAUUGAUGAGCUCAAGGAGCAGGUGGAUGCUGCUUUGGGAGCUGAGGAGAUGGUGGAGAUGUUGACAGACCGGAACCUGAAUCUGGAAGAGAAAGUGCGGGAGUUGAGAGAGACUGUGGGGGAUUUGGAAGCAAUGAAUGAAAUGAAUGAUGAGCUGCAGGAGAAUGCACGGGAGACAGAGCUGGAGCUGCGGGAGCAGCUGGACAUGGCGGGUGCGCGGGUUCGGGAGGCCCAGAAGCGUGUGGAAGCAGCCCAGGAGACAGUUGCUGACUACCAGCAAACUAUCAAGAAGUACCGCCAGUUGACUGCCCACCUACAGGAUGUGAAUCGGGAACUGACAAACCAGCAGGAAGCAUCUGUGGAGAGGCAGCAACAGCCACCUCCAGAGACUUUUGACUUCAAAAUUAAGUUUGCUGAGACAAAGGCCCAUGCCAAGGCAAUUGAGAUGGAAUUGAGGCAGAUGGAGGUGGCCCAAGCCAACCGGCACAUGUCCCUGCUGACAGCCUUCAUGCCUGAUAGCUUCCUUCGGCCAGGUGGGGACCAUGACUGUGUCCUGGUGCUGCUACUCAUGCCUCGUCUCAUAUGCAAGGCAGAGCUGAUCCGAAAGCAGGCUCAGGAGAAGUUUGAAUUAAGUGAGAACUGUUCAGAGCGACCUGGGCUGCGAGGAGCUGCAGGGGAGCAGCUCAGCUUUGCUGCUGGGUUGGUGUACUCGCUAAGUCUGCUGCAGGCCACACUCCACCGCUAUGAGCAUGCCCUCUCUCAGUGCAAUGUGGAUGUGUAUAAGAAGGUGGGCAGCCUCUACCCUGAGAUGAGUGCCCACGAGCGCUCCUUGGAUUUUCUCAUUGAGCUGCUGCACAAGGAUCAGCUGGAUGAGACUGUCAAUGUAGAGCCUCUCACCAAGGCCAUCAAGUACUACCAGCAUCUGUACAGCAUCCACCUUGCCGAACAGCCUGAGGACAGUACCAUGCAACUGGCUGACCAUAUUAAGUUUACCCAGAGCGCCCUGGACUGCAUGAGUGUAGAGGUGGGGAGGCUGCGUGCCUUCUUGCAGGGUGGGCAGGAGGCUUCAGAUAUUGCCCUGCUGCUCCGAGAUCUGGAAACAUCUUGUAGUGACAUCCGCCAGUUUUGCAAGAAGAUCCGAAGGCGAAUGCCAGGGACAGAUGCUCCUGGGAUCCCAGCUGCACUGGCAUUUGGACCACAGGUAUCCGACACACUCCUCGACUGCAGGAAACACUUGACGUGGGUGGUGGCUGUGCUACAGGAGGUAGCAGCUGCUGCUGCUCAGCUCAUUGCCCCACUGGCAGAGAAUGAAGGGUUGCCUGUGGCUGCCCUGGAGGAGCUGGCUUUCAAAGCAAGCGAGCAGAUCUAUGGGACCCCCUCUAGCAGCCCCUAUGAGUGUCUACGCCAGUCAUGCAACAUCCUCAUCAGUACCAUGAACAAGUUGGCCACAGCCAUGCAGGAGGGAGAGUAUGAUGCAGAGCGGCCCCCCAGCAAGCCUCCUCCAGUGGAACUGCGGGCUGCAGCCUUGCGUGCAGAGAUCACAGAUGCUGAAGGCCUGGGCUUGAAGCUGGAAGAUCGAGAGACAGUUAUCAAAGAGUUGAAGAAGUCACUCAAGAUCAAGGGGGAGGAGCUGAGUGAAGCCAAUGUGCGACUGAGCCUCCUGGAGAAGAAGCUGGACAGUGCUGCCAAGGAUGCAGAUGAGCGCAUUGAGAAAGUCCAGACUCGGCUAGAGGAGACCCAAGCACUGCUGCGCAAGAAGGAGAAAGAGUUUGAGGAGACGAUGGAUGCACUCCAGGCUGACAUUGACCAGCUAGAGGCAGAGAAAGCAGAGCUGAAGCAGCGACUGAAUAACCAGUCCAAACGUACAAUCGAGGGGAUCCGGGGAGCCCCCGCAUCGGGCAUUGCAACCUUGGUCUCUGGCAUUGCUGGUGGUGGUGCCCCUGGACAGGCUCCAGGGUCCAUGUCAGGGCCUGGGCUGGUGAAGGACUCACCACUGCUACUUCAGCAAAUCUCUGCCAUGAGGUUGCACAUCUCCCAGCUCCAGCAUGAGAACAGCAUACUCAAGGGAGCCCAGAUGAAGGCGUCCUUAGCAGCCCUGCCUCCUUUGCAUGUUUCAAAGCUCUCCCUCCCACCCCGUGAGGGUCCUGACAGUGAACUAGCAGCUGGAGCACUGUAUCGUAAGACCAGCCAACUGCUAGAGACGUUGAAUCAGCUGAGCACGCAUACCCGCGUAGUCGAUAUCACUCGCACCAGCCCUGCUGCCAAGAGCCCGUCGGCCCAGCUCCUGGAGCAAGUGGCUCAACUCAAGUCCCUAAGUGAUACCAUUGAGAAGCUCAAGGAUGAAGUCCUCAGGGAGACUGUGUCUCAGUGCCCUGGAGCCAUGGUCCCCAGUGACUUUGCCACUUUCCCUUCAUCAGCCUUCCUCAGGGCCAAGGAGGAGCAGCAGGAUGACACUGUCUACAUGGGCAAAGUGACCUUCACAUGUGCGGCUGGCCUUGGACAGCGACAUCGGCUGGUGCUGACCCAGGAACAGCUGCAUCAGCUUCAUGGUCGCCUCAUCUCCUAAGUGCUCCUUCCCCUGUCCCCUCCUACCCUUAGCCUCUUGAUGCCACUCUGCUUGAUGCACAGCCACCUCAGCCAGCCCCCAGGUAGAACUGUGUAUGUAAAGCUGCCCUGUUCAGCUUCACUCCCACCCAUCAGUGCCCUGCCCCUACCCACCCUUGACAUGGGUUUCCCUUGGCCUGAAUUUGCUGUUCAGCUGCUCCCUCCUUCCUGAGGAAGGAGUUUUCUAGGGGCCUCAGAGCAUGUGAAAGGUAGGCUGAGACACCACCACCAAAGGCUGAGUGAAGUCCCCCGAUUGAGGACUUCACCCCCUGAUUAAAGCAACUUGUGCUUCCAUGCUUUCUGUGUGGUUUGGGAAUGGUGCUUUGUCCAUUCAGUGCAGAACAGCGAAGGAAAAGGAAUGCUGAGACUUUGGCUGUGCCGAAUUUGGGCCCCCCUCUCUAAUGUCCAGUAGAAUGCUGUUCCCUUGGUUUUAUGUCCAGUAAAUUACCCUGAACAAAAGGGAAAGGACUAGACUGAGGAUGUGACACCUGACUUGUGUCUGGAAUUAGGAAGGGAGGGAGUGUGUAACCUCUGCCAGUCCCACCUCUACUUCCCGCAUCUUUCAUAUCUCUUCGGGCCAGUGUUUGGAGACUGGUCUGAUAUCACUACCAUGUGAACCACUGCUCUCCAGAAUGCCAGAUUCAUUCAUCCAGUUGCCUAUUGGUAUCUUUUUUCAAAGUCAAGUCUAAAACAAAAAUCAUCUCCUCCGUGUCCUGGGUUUGAUGAACUCAAAUAAUGGAUGUUUGACACCUUCUUCACUUUCCUUAACUAAUUCAGUUCCCCAGUCUUAUUCAACAUUUCCUUCACUAUUGUCAGAGAUAUGUUCACAUUUUCCCAUGCCCUCUGAUGCUAAUUUUGUGUAUAAUUUCUUGCUGUGGGUACUUAAGCAAUCUUUAAAAUGGUUACUCUCACUUGUUUACCUCUCUCAACAAAUUCUCAUGGAUGACAGAGGGUCUUUUCCAAAAUACAAACAGGAUCAUGUCACUUCUUACUUGAAAUUCUGAAUUGAUCCUUCCAACUAGAAUUUAAAAUUAACUAGAAGGUGUCCCUGGUGGUGCAAGGGGUUAAGCAUAGCACUGCAAAGCUAUCCGCAGCCACUGCAGCACGCGUUAGAUCCCCAGCCAGGGAGCUACCCUCAUGGCACAGCAGACCUCUCCUGUCUUGCCUGCUGCUCCCCUCAGCAGUGUAUUUCAGUCAGUCUGCCUGUUGUGCUCCCCACUCUGUCUCUGGUGAAUCCUCUCACCCUCCGCACCUCUGGCCUGUACCCCGGUCCUUGUAUGCAUAAUUAAAUAAAUCUUUAAAAAAAAUUAACUAGAAUGGCACACAAGGCCAUCUGUGAUUUGGGUGCAGCCUUGGUGAACCCCUUCAGUUUCUUUGCCACCCUGUGCUCUUUCAGGCCUAUGCCAGCUGCCUCCUUCCCUUCAUUUUAUUAUUCUGCUCCUACUCCACCCCAUUCUUCAACUGGCAUCCUCUUCAUUUAUUAAGACAGCUGUGGCAUUGUCACCUCAGGAAAUCACCAAUCCCUGCUGCCUAUUAGCUGCUCUGCUUCUGGAAUCAGCAAAGAAUGUGAAUCUUCUAUAUGUACUUGGAUUUUAGUUGCUUUGUGAUCUUGACUUGGUCUCUGAUUUCCAGUCUGCUUUCUCAACUGCACAGUGGGAAUAAUGACACCUUGGAGGGUUGUGAUGAAGGCUAGAUCAUGCUGGAAACCUCAAGCACUUUGCCUGGUGCAUGGCAGGCUUUCUUUUCUUUAGCACACACUCUUGUGACACUGCCUUAUGCUAGUAAGCAUGUUAUUCUAUUGUAUUGUUGGUUAACCCAUCUUUUUCCCAUUUCAGACACACUGAGAAUUCCUUUAGGUCACUUCCCUCUCUCUGUACCCCAGAGCACAGGAGAAGGGCACAUAUUUUGGAGAGUGUACUGUGAGUUUGAUUUUAGAUAUGAGUUUGAGGUGCUGGUGAGAAUGUUCAUUUGGAGAUGUCCAUUGAUAGUUAGCUCCAGUGGGGUCUGGAGCUCAGCAGAGAAGUCAGGAUUAGAAAGUUUGGAGUUGUGUGAGUGGUCAUUGAAGUCACGGUUUAGAUGAGAUUUUGUCUUAAUUCAGUUUACUUAAAAAACUGAACCUGAGGCAGAGCUUACGUGCUAGAGCUUUACUGGCAGAUGCAAUUCCAGAUCAGUGACAGUGAUGGAAAGGAAGAAGGGAAGCUACUCAGGAAAGGGAAACAAGAUUUGUUUUAAUGAGUUGGCAACUGUUUCACAAAGACAGUGAUAACUAGAUAGAUAUGAUGCCUACUGGAACAUUAUGUUGGAUUUGAGGGAGUGAUAAGAGAACAAAUUCACCUACUUUUCCUCCUGUCUCCCAUCCUAUAUUGCUCCUAGUUUUCCCUGUGGGGUGUUUGUUUCCCCCUUACUUGAGAGGAUAGUAUUGUGUGGCCAAUGGAAAGGCCAGAUCCCAUGCUCUGCAGCAUGGUGUGGCAUCUGAGUGCUGAAGCAGUGAGGCAGAUGGAAGGCACUGGCCCACAGGACUUGGUCAGGCAGAGGAAGCAGCUGGAGCAAGCACCUGAGAGUCAGGUGUGGUUGCGGGUCACCUGAAGAGAGUAUAUAGGGCAGGGGGAGGGCAUAGCAGAGCCUGAAGGAGGUAUUGGAAUAAAGACCCCCAAGAGAAAGAGGAAAGAAAUUCAGGAGAAGUAGUCUUCAGCCUCUGAUAUAACUGGGGUCAGGUGAGCUGGUUUCUAGAAAGCGGCAUCUGAGAAUCAGUGAGCUGGCCAGAGUAGUUUUGGUGCAAUAGAGGGAACAGAAAUGGCCUUAGUGGCAUGAAAGGAGAGUGCGCAGAAUGUGUACACACACUACUGUGUCUUGGUGCUACAUUGUGGAAGUUGGGUGUUCAGGGGAUAACACAGCUGAUAGAGCAUCACUGCACAUAGAUGACAAUGGGAACUGCUCAUGAAACCCAAGAUUUCUGAAAAUUGGGAUGUGAUGAAAGGAAGCGUGUCCUAAUGAAAUACUCUGUAUACCAAGAAUGGAGCAUAGUAGGGGAACAACCUCCUUUGAUCCAUCUAAAUUCAGAACUUCCAGUUGAACAUGAAAACCAAGCAGACUGGCGACUGACUGGCAGUUGGUAGGGGCAGGGUAUGAACAAUUUAAAUUUUAUCCCCUAACAACUCUUCAGAGGAGAGUCUCAUGGCUAACAUCACCUUUCCCAACAUGGAGACAAUUUUAUGAAGUAAAAAUAGGGCUCAGAUCUCAACUCUUCCACUGAUAAGCUAUGUGAACUUGGAGAAGUCACUUAACCUCUUGAUCACAGUUUUUGUAUCUAUUAUCAGGCUAAUAACACCUUCCUUAGGUGGUAUUCCUUAUGUAAUUUUAAGGGGAAGAUUAAACGAGAUCGUGUGCUGGACACAGCUUCUCAGGAAGGAAGGUAAAUACCUGGGAGAGGCUGAUAACAACCAAAUUAAAAGAAAAUGAAUAUGGGCAGCCACAUUCCCAAAGCAUACACUAAUAACACAAAUAACCUUAUUUUGGGUCCCCAAAGCUAAGCAGUUCUUAGUUUCCAGCUUUCGACUUGUCUUUGUGGUGGUUACCACUUCAUCUUCUACUAGGUAGGCACUGUUUCCUCUUGUUUCAAUAGGCCAAGGUUGAGGGAGAGUUAAAGGUUUGGAUUUACCUACUUGAUUCCUAAUGUCUGUGCUACCCCACAGUGGGACAUAGGAAUGGGGCAACACAGAGAUCUGAGUCACUGCUGCUAAUCCUAGGAAAUGUGCAAGAUUUUCCAGAGACAAGAUUGUACGCUGCUCAGCUUUGGGACUGAAUGUGAGCCAGGGCAUGUUUGCUCCAUGCUCUAGGUACCUGACUAGGGAAGCUUCAAAACACCAAAUAUCUUGUCUCCUGUCAAGUUAGGUUCAGGGCGACUGAGGAACACAGGAUUUGAGGGUGAGUGGUCCCUUCUGCUCCCCUCUGGGUGUUAAUGCUCUGUGUAGCCUUCUCUUAUAUAUCUUGAGAAGGAUGUCCGUUCACCCAGCCUCCCUCCAUCUGCCACGUGUGCUACAUGAAACAGUCACUGCUGCUCUUAGGCAGCUGGCUGCUACUGCUGAGGUCCUCAGAGGGGCGGCUUGGGACACUGGCCUCCAUUCCUCUCCAGGAGGCUGAGUAGUUUGAGGGUGAGACUUGGACUUGUCUCAAAAAACUGCUGUCAGAGUAAAUAUAUCUGUUGGUCUGUGUUUUGUUACUCUUUGUGGGAAAUUUUAACAUGAAUGAAGAAUAGGAUGCAAUGAAUUGCCAUGUACCCAUUGACCUCAUGCCAAAUUUAUCAUUCAUGACUCGGCUUGUUUUUUUUUUUUCCCAUCUACUCCCUUCGUUCUUUUCUCGCCCAGAUUAUUUUAAAGCAAAUUUUAGUCAUCACCUUAUUUCAUCCAAAAGUAUUUUAAUAUUCCUAAAAGCUCACUCUGAAUAAAAGAAAACUACACCCCUAGAGAAACAAUCAAAUAACAGUGUUCAAAUUUCCCUGGUUGUCUCAUGAGUGUUUUGCUUUGAUUUCUUUUACAAUAUGUAUAUUUUGGGUAAGAUUGGGUAAGAAAAAGACAAUAUAAUCCAAGUAACUAUCUUGAGUCCCCUAUUCUAAAUUACCAUUAUUGAUUGGACCAGUGCAACAUAUUGUACCAGUACAACAUAUACAUAUGCCUUAAACUUUAUUUUCAGUGUGUCAGAAAUUUAAAUAUAUAAUGUAUUAUCUUGAGAUUACAAAAGAACACAACAUGUUGGAAGAUUGAGAACAUAGGUUUCCAGUACUUAGUCAUUAGUGAUUGUAGAGAUUUUCUUUUUAGUGUUUUCCAUUUAAAACAUUAACUUGGGCCUCCCUGGUGGUACAAGGAGUUGGGGCACAGCCUAUGAGGCUAUCCGCAGCCACUGCAGCAUGAGUUCAAUCCCCAGCCAGGGUGCUGCCCACAGGGUGCAGCAAACCUCUCCUGGCUCGCCUACUGCUCCCCUCAGCAGUGUAUUUCAGUCAAUCUGCCUGUUCUGUUCUCUACUAAGUCUCUGGUGAAUCCUUUCACCACCCCCACCACCCCCACCUCUGGCCUAUACUCCAGUUCUUGUAUACAUAAAUAAAUCUUAAAAAAAAAAAAAUAAAGCAUUAACAUCCUGUCAUAGCUCUGCGGGAAUAGAGCUGCCAAAGUGGGAGUACAGUGGGGAAAGAAACCAAAACCCAAAGUUAGGAAGAGAUGAAAGAUAGAAAUCAAGAAGAAUAUUUUUGAAACUAUAAGGAUUUCCUUCAGAGGGUUAAGAACCUGUCUUAGUUCAGGCAGCUAAAACAAAGUACUGUAAGCUGAGUAGUUUAUCAAUGACAGAAUUUUUUUCCUAAAGGUUCUAGAGGCUGAAAUUCUUUUUUAAAAAAAGAUUUAUUUAUGCAUACAAGAACUGGAGUAUAGAUCAGAAGUGUGGGGUGGAGGGAUGAGAGGAUUCACCAGAGAGAGUGGGGAGCAGAACAGGCAGAUCCAC